UAGGCUGGGAGUGAUGUCACCUGCGAGCUUGUAACAUACUAACCACUACGGGGGAAACUCUUUAAACGGAUCCCAUUGUAUUCCGAGCUGCCUUUCGCAGCGUUCGGAGGCUGUUCAGGGCUUAGUCGUUCAAGAAGUAUAAAGAAUUUCGACCAUGACCCCAAGGAAAAGAAGUGGACGGAUUUCCUUCGUCUUUUGUUGUUUCCAAAGUAAUGAUCCCCCUGAGAUCACGUAUCGAUUACGCAAUGACAGCAAUUUUGCGCUUCAGACGAUGGAACCUGCAUUUCCCAUGCCCCCUGUGGAAGAAUUGGAUGUUAUGUUCAGUGAGCUUGUGGAUGAACUUGACCUCACAGACAAACACAGAGAAGCCAUGUUUGCACUUCCAGCAGAGAAGAAAUGGCAAAUAUAUUGCAGCAAGAAAAAGGAUCAGGAAGAAAACAAGGGAGCUACAAGUUGGCCUGAGUUCUAUAUUGAUCAGCUAAACUCUAUGGCUGCUAGAAAAUCCUUGCUAAUUUUAGAAAAAGAAGAGGAAGAAGAAAGAAGUAAAACAAUAGAAAGUUUGAAGACUGCACUGAGGACAAAACCUAUGAGGUUUGUAACCAGAUUUAUUGAUUUAGAUGGCUUAUCAUGUAUUCUGAACUUUCUAAAAACCAUGGACUAUGAGACAUCAGAGUCUCAAAUACAUACCUCACUUAUUGGAUGUAUAAAAGCGCUAAUGAAUAACUCUCAAGGCCGGGCUCAUGUUAUGGCCCAUUCAGAGAGUAUUAAUGUAAUUGCUCAGAGUCUGAGCACUGAGAACAUUAAGACAAAGGUGGCAGUGCUGGAAAUCAUGGGCGCUGUGUGCCUGGUUCCCGGAGGUCACAAAAAAGUUCUGCAGGCCAUGCUACAUUACCAGAAGUAUGCCAGUGAAAGAACUCGUUUUCAGACGCUAAUUAAUGACUUGGAUAAAAGCACAGGCCGAUACCGGGAUGAAGUGAACCUCAAGACAGCCAUCAUGUCCUUCAUUAAUGCAGUACUAAGCCAAGGGGCUGGAGUGGAAAGUUUGGACUUUAGACUUCAUCUUCGAUAUGAAUUUUUGAUGUUAGGAAUUCAGCCUGUAAUAGAUAAAUUAAGGGAACAUGAAAACUUGACACUAGACAGGCACUUAGAUUUUUUUGAAAUGCUCAGAAAUGAAGAUGAGCUGGAAUUUGCCAAAAGAUUUGAAUUGGUUCACAUAGACACAAAAAGUGCAACACAAAUGUUUGAGCUGACAAGGAAGAGGUUGACUCACAGUGAAGCUUACCCUCACUUCAUGUCUAUCCUGUACCACUGUCUCCAGAUGCCUUACAAGAGAAGUGGAAACACAGUCCAGUAUUGGCUGCUACUAGAUAGAAUUGUACAACAGAUUGUUAUACAGAAUGACAAAGGGCAGGACCCCAAUUCUACUCCUCUAGAAAAUUUUAAUGUCAAAAAUGUUGUACGAAUGUUGGUUAAUGAAAAUGAAGUUAAACAGUGGAAGGAACAAGCAGAAAGGAUGAGAAAAGAACAUAGUGAUCUGCAGCAGAAAUUGGAAAAGAAAGAAAGAGAGUGUGAUGCCAAGACUCAAGAGAAAGAAGAGAUGAUGCAGACCUUAAAUAAAAUGAAAGAAAAGCUUGAAAAAGAGUCCUCUGAACAUAAGCAAGUCAAGCAACAGGUGGCUGACCUCACAGCACAGCUCCAAGAACUCAGCAGGAGGGCCGUUUGUGCAUCAGUUCCAGGUGGCCCUUCACCCGGAGCGCCAGGCAGUCCCUUUCCUUCCCCUAUUCCGGGAUCUCUUCCUCCCCCUCCACCCCCUCCCUGCCAGGGAGGCCAUCUUCCAACAGCACCUCCUCCACCUCCUCCAGGUGGUCCUCCUCCCCCACCAGGACCUCCUCCUUUAGGAGGAAUAAUGCCACCUCCAGGCGCUCCUCUUGGUCUGACCCUCAAGAAGAAAAACAUUCCCCAGCCCACAAAUGCCCUGAAAUCCUUCAACUGGUCAAAGCUCCCUGAGAACAAACUAGAAGGAACCAUAUGGACCGAAAUUGAUGAUUUGAAAGUGUUUAAAAACCUCGAUCUGGAAGACCUAGAAAGGACUUUCUCAGCUUAUCAGAGACAGCAGGAUUUCUUUAUCAACAGUAACUCCAAGCAGAAAGAAACAGAUGCCAUUGAUGACACAUUGAGUUCCAGACACAAAGUGAAAGAACUUUCAGUGAUUGAUGGCCGGAGGGCCCAGAACUGCAACAUUCUGCUCUCAAGGUUGAAAUUAUCCAAUGAUGAAAUCAAACGGGCAAUUUUAACCAUGGAUGAGCAGGAAGACCUGCCAAAGGACAUGUUGGAACAACUCCUGAAAUUUGUUCCUGAAAAAAGUGAUAUUGACCUGCUGGAGGAGCACAAACAUGAGCUGGAUCGGAUGGCAAAAGCUGAUAGGUUCCUUUUUGAGAUGAGCCGAAUAAACCAUUAUCAGCAAAGGUUGCAAUCCUUAUACUUCAAAAAGAAGUUUGCAGAGCGCGUGGCUGAAGUUAAACCCAAAGUUGAAGCGAUUCGAGUAGGUUCAGAGGAGGUGCUGAAAAGCACUGCCUUGCGGCAACUGUUAGAAGUAGUCCUGGCUUUUGGAAAUUACAUGAAUAAAGGGCAGAGAGGCAACGCGUAUGGAUUCAAGCUCUCCAGCCUUAAUAAGAUCGCCGACACAAAAUCUAGCAUCGACAAGAACAUUACCCUUUUGCACUAUCUCAUAACCACUGUGGAAAAGAAAUACCCCACGGUACUGCAGCUGAACGAGGAAUUACGUGAUAUUCCUCACGCAGCAAAAGUGAACAUGACUGAGCUGGACAAAGAAAUAAAUACCCUGAGGAGUGGUUUGAAAGCUGUGGAGGCAGAAUUGGAAUACCAGAAAUCUCAGGUGUCUCAGCCUGGAGACAAGUUCGUCUCUGUUGUCAGCCAGUUCAUCGCAGUAGCCAGCUUCAGCUUUUCUGAUGUUGAAGACCUUCUAAAUGAAGCUAAAGAACUGUUUACGAAGGCAGUGAAGCACUUUGGGGAAGAAGCAGGCAAAAUACAGCCAGAUGAGUUCUUCGGAAUCUUCGACCAGUUCCUUCAAGCUGUCUCCGAAGCCAAACAAGAGAAUGAAAAUAUGAGGAAAAGAAAGGAGGAAGAAGAGCGUCGAGCUCGUAUGGAAGCACAGCUCAAAGAACAGCGUGAAAAAGAACGCAAGGCAAGGAAGACAAAAGAGAACUGUGAAGAAGGAGGAGAGUUUGACGACCUUGUUUCAGCUCUACGCUCAGGCGAAGUUUUUGACAAAGACCUUUCUAAAUUAAAACGGAAUCGCAAGCGCAUUACCAACCAGGUGACAGACAGCAGCCGGGAGAGACCAGUCACAAAACUCAAUUUCUAAAUUUUCCUUUUACAUUUUUUGGAAAGCUCAUUAAGCAGUCUUUUGAAGUGGCUAGAACUUUUCAUUACACUGCCUUGCAAUCCAAACGGUGGCUGUCCUUUUUUUCCCAUCUGUGAAUGAAAGUGUAUGUAUGUAUGUUUGUAUGUAUGUAUGUAUGUAUGUAUAAAAUGUACAAAGAGGUCUUUUGUGGGAGUGACUGGAGACAAGUAUGUUUGUGUUCUGUGUACUACAAGUACACGUAUGUACAUUCACGUUGAGUAUGACUUUAUUUUUCUUUGCUUAAUGCUGGUGACUGUUCAGAAGCACAACAUUGUCUACUGAGAAAAACAACAGAGACAUUCCUUAUAGUUUAAAAAAAAAGGAGAACGAAAAAAGUGUUAAGAAUCAUUUUAUAGUUUCCACACUUGAUAUACUUUGAAACUCUUCAUGCUAGUAUAACUAGUGCUGAAGAAUCUAGAUUUCAAAUGGGUUUUGACUUUUGAUAAUUUGAUGUUGGUACAUCCUCCGAAGUGACUGCGAGGACCAGUCUUGUGUAUCCAAAGUCAGUGUGAGGAUACAGUCUGUUUACUAGGAAUACCUAGGGGAUAAUGUUUGUUAGGAAUGCCUUGCACACAAACUGAAUCAUGUAGACCAUCAAGUGGAAAACUUUUUUUUUUUAAAAUAUUCAAAACUUGAACAUCAUCUGUGCCCCUGCUCUGGUUCCUUUGAGUUCUACAACGUGAUGAUUCCUUUAAAUUGCUUUUGAAAACAAUUCAGUUUCUCUAACUUGCAACCUAUGCUCUUGUUGAAGAAUGAGGUCACCAGAACGUGCUUAUCGCUACAACAACACAAAAAUGCAUUUAAACUUUUCCCCCCCCAAACAAAAAUUUUCUACCCAAGACCAGAAAAGAGGAAUUCUCUGAAGGGAACAGAGAUCCUAAAGUUGUUUUGUUGUGUAUUCCAUGUUGUAUUCAAUGGGACGAACUGCAUCCUCCGUAAAUGUAGGUCAAAACUAAAGGCCGUGUUUAACCAAUGCACAAAAUGUCAACAUUGCUAAUUGAGAUGCCAAGACCUAUUUGUCUCUGUGUACGUUUGAAGUGGUUUGCUAUUUAUAUAUUGUCAUUUUGAAUUUUUUGUAAGUAAAGCUACCUGUAAAAUUUCAGUCCAAAAAAAAAGUAAACCUCUCAGGGAGAAAUUAAUAAAAAACAAAGAAAAUUGGAAAAUAAAAAAAAAAUGGAUGCUCACCAUUAAUGUAGCAACCCUUAAUAUCCUUAAGUUAUACAUUAUAUGAGGAGGACUGUUACUACUUUUUGUUUUAUUUAUUUGUCUGGGGGGCAGUGGUUAAAUUUUUUUUUGUUUUUCCAUCAGUACUGCUAUGGUUGGUUUUCCUGUGGAAAGAGUAGUUUGUCCUGUUGCACUAAAUUUUCUUGGGCCCUAAAAUGAGUAUAUCAUGUAAAGGGGAUUCCUAGUGGGGACAGGAUGCCAUUUUCUCACAUGUACUGUAUAACAAACAUGCUGUUUAAAAAUAAUUUGCAUAAACUAUGAUUCUUAGCACAGACAGUGAGGUGUCUGUGCUGUGUGAAAGCUGUGAAAUUUUGUUCUGAGAGUUAUCAAGAGCUGUGGUUUAUACAUGUUUUCCUUAUUGCAACUUAGCAAUUUUCUACGCACUGUAAGUAAAACUCUGACUAGGGGAUAAAGCAGUAAUAAAUACCAAGCAAAGACUGAGCAUACCCACACGCUUAGUUUCCAAGUAUUUGCAAACAUGCUGAUUUAAAGGUGCAGCUCAAAGACUUUGCUUAAAAAUUAAGGGGUAAGAGGGGGUGGGGUGGGGAGGGCAUGCAUAUUGAGAUAAUUUUGGUUUUUUCUUUAACUAAAGUGCCUCUAUUUAUAUUUUUAUUUAUGACAGAAGCAAUUUGGUCUGAUUGGAUUGAGGAAACUGGCAUUUUAAAAUGGCCUGUGCAUGAAUUAAUGGCAUAAAGAAUAGACAAGUGUAGAUAGAAUCAAAUUGGGGGCCGUAAACAAUCUCGAAAGGAGCAGGUUUGCCAGUGCUUUGUUCCUCUUACCAUUCAGAUCGUUCUCACUUUAGGGUGACCACCUUGUUGGGCUGAAUUUGCCAUUUCUCUUAUGGUUUCUUCCCCAGAAGUCUGUGUGCAGGUAAUUUCUUGUGCCAUUGUAGAAAGGCUCCUUUUAGAUUGGUGCUGGUGUAAGUAGCCACUUUUCUCUCAAGUAUGUACUUUAAAGAUUUUUUUUUAUUAAUGCCAAAAAAGGAAGAACGUAAUUUGUAAACUUAAGUAUAUGUCAUGGUGUGUGUGUUAAAGAUUUUUUAAUUAAUGCCAAAAAAGAAGAGUGUAAUAAUUUGUAAACUGAAAUAUGUGUCAUUAGCCUUCUGAGCUUAGUAAUUGGAACAAUUUAGUCAUUAGGUACAAGGCUGUUUUUAGUGUAGCAAGCAAAAAACAUGAUGGAUAUGUUAUGAGAUUGUACAUUUUUUUUUAAAUGGCAAAAUGCAAUAAAGAAAUGACUCCCAUUGGUUAUACAUA